AUGUCUAUCUAUCUAUCUAUCUAUCUAUCUAUCUAUCUAUCUAUCUAUCUAUCUAUCUAUCUAUAUAGAGAGAGAGAGAGAGAGAGAAUAUCUCUCCUUCCUCUUGAUACAACUCUUUUUUUUUUUGCAACUCCCUUUCCUCUGUGUUCCUUUUCCUCUCUCUUCUUUUUUCCCCCUCUGUAUCUCUAUACUUAUUCUAUUUUCCGCUUCUCCUUUCCCAUUUUUCCUCUCUAUCAUUUGCCUUUUCCCCCAGACCACCACUUAAUUUCUCCCUCUAUUUUCUUUUGUGUUUUUUUUUUUAUAAAUCUUUCUCACGCGCAUUCGAGAAUCUUCUUCUUUCUUUCAAUCUCCAUAAUUUUUAUCUCUCGAUUCUUUUCCCUCUCGUUUUUAUCCUGUCUCUCUCGUUUGCACCCGUUCUCUCUCGUUUUUGCUUUCCCGCCUCAAUCUUUCUUUCUUUCUUUCUUUCUUUCUUUCUUUCUUUCUUUCUUUCUUUCUUUCUUUCUUUUCUUCAAUAUUUCUCUUUUCUCUACUUCUUGUCUCGCCAUUUCAACCUCAUUCCGUUUGCCUGCAUCUUAUCUCUCUCUUUUUCUCUAUUCCUUUCUAUUCCUCCCUCUUUAUUAUUUUUUCUAUCUUCUUUUUAUUCUCUUUCUCCAUUUUAUCUAUUGUCUCUCCCUACCAACCUCUCCCUUAUUCUAUCUCUCUCUUUUUUUCUAUCAAUCUCUAUCUUUGACUUUCUCUCUGUUUCUCUCUAUAUAUAUUUCGCUCUUUUUUUAUCUCUUUUCUUCUUUUCUCUUUCUUUCUCGUUAUUUAUUUCUCUGUUUUCCUUAUUUUUCUCGUUCUUCCUUCACUAUCCCAACCUUUCUCUUUUUAGUUUUGCGUCCUUUUCUUCCACUUUUCUUCCUCUUCUUAUCCACUCUUUCUCUUUCUCACAUUACUAAUACUCUUCUUUUUCCUUAUUUUUCUUCUUUCUUCCUUCGUCUCUCCGUAUAUAAUACUCUUAGUUUGUCUUUCUCUUUUCUUUCUCAUUCUGUCUAUAACUCCCUUUUUCCAUUUGCUUUCUUCUUUUACAUUCUUUCUUUUCUUCCCUCCCCCUCUUUCUCUCGUUCUUCUCUCUUAAAGACUAAAUCUCUCUUUUUCUUUCUUUCUUUCUUUCUUUCUUUCUUUCUUUCUUUCUUUCUUCAUCUAUCUAUCUAUCUAUCUAUCUAUCUAUCUAUCUAUCUAUCUAUCUAUCAAAGAAAGAAAGAUAAAGAAAGAAAGAAAGAUAAAGAUAGAGAUUUCUCAGAAUGGAAGAGAAAAGUGCAAUACAAGGCUCUAUCGUCCACACUCCUUUUUCCAUUUGCUUUCUUCUUUUACAUUCUUUCUUUUCUUCCCUCCCUACUGUAUAUUAUUAUUUAUAACAAGAUUUCUGUCUUAUAA